AUGAAUAAAAAUAAUCAAGAGUCAGUUUUACAAUCUAAUGACGAAUACCCCUAUUCUGAGUAGGUAUAUACAAUAAAUAUAAUAAAUAUGUAAAUAUUUUAUGUUCACUUUUGUUCAGAGAGAUAAUUGGAGAGUUUGUGAUGGAACUACCUGCCUUUAAUAACAAAAAGAUCAUCAGUGCUUCAAACCAACAGCGCAAGAAAAAAGUUUUAAAACCACUGCGUACACAUACAUUGUCAGUUACCAGGCGACGACAAUGUAUGUUUAUUUAUUUAAAUACAUUAUAUAUUAAAUUUAUGAUAAUCAACAACAUUUUAUCAGGUACGUCUAAUACACCAUACCAAACUACUUAUACUAAUGGUACAGGAACUCAUUCAAAUAAAUCAAAUAUGAAUAAUUUAACGAGUAAUGACCAUAUAUUAAAGAUCAAACAGUUGGAGAAUGAACUGGUUGAGAUUCGUAUGAAAACACGUGUAUGUUAAUAUUUAUUAAAUUAAAAUUAAAUAAAUUAAAUAUUUAUUUUAUGUUAUGUAAAUUUAGGAAUUGAUAAUAGAAAACCGUUUAUUGAAAACUUUGGAAAAGAGACACGAGAAAGCAUUAUCUCUAUAUGAAGGUAAACAAGCCAAACUACCACAAGUGAUUAAAACAUACGAAGAAGACAAUCGCAUAUUACAAAACCGAAUACGCCAAAUGAAAAUUUCAUAUAAUGAAAUGGAAAAUAGAUAUAAAUCACAGAGUAAUGAAUUAAUAGUUAUACAAAAACAACACAGACAUCUCUUAGAUUUAUCUAAAAAUAAACAGCUUAGCAAAAGAGAGAAACUAUCUAAUCAAUUAGAAGAAGCUCAAAAUAUAAUUAAAGAACAAGAUAAUAAAAUUCAGGUAAAUCUUUAAUAUGUCUAAUAAUCAUAAAAAUGUAUGCAAUUUAUAUUCUAGAAAUUAAUGAAACAAUUGGAACUUCAAAAUAAAACACAUAAACAUAAUAUAAAUUUAGAAAAUAUCAAAAUCAAAGGGUUACAACUUGAAGUGAAACGUCUAAAAAAUGAAAACCAAAAUCUUGGAUCACGUGCAGACGGAUUGAAAACUAAAAUUUAUAGUGCCAGACAGAUUUUUUCAAGAGGAGUAACUGAAAAUUCAAUAAAUAUCACUCCUCGGUAAGUCAAUUCAAAAUUUUUUUUUUCCGUUCUUAAUUUAUCUAUUAAUUCAAUAAUAGAAUAGUAAACUCUGAGUCACCCAUACAAUAUAGACAAGGUGAUGGAAUUGAUAAAUCUUUGUACAAAACAAAUGGAUCUCUCAAACCAGAAUUGUUGCAUGGAAAAUAUGAAGUUAAUAAUUCUUUAAUGGAAAGCAACAUAAUCAAAGAAUCUACAAACCCGAUAAACAAAAGAUACACAUCACAUUUGCCAGGCAAUAUAUCAUGGCCAUACAAUAAUAAUUCUAAAUUUUUGAAAGUAAAUAUCUAUUUAUGUAAAAAUAUCAAACAUAAAUUGUUGUUACAUAAACUACAAAUUAUUCCUUAUUGAAUAAUUUUAGGAUAACAAACCAGAAUUACCAAGCAUAGAAAAUAAUAAUUAUGAAAAUCUAAAUGAACACAUAGCUUCGCAAUCAAUACAAGAAUCCUUCAUGUCUAGAAAACAAAAAGACUUACUUUUAGCUAAAUUAAAUCAAGUCAGUGAGGACGAAGAUAAUAAUUACGAAAGAUACUAUAAACAGACAUCGUCAUUGAAUCAGUCAUUUGAUGAAAGAUCUCUAUUAUCAUUUUCUGAUGGUGAAAAUGAUAAAUUCUCUGAUAUUAGUUAG